CCUUUCAAACUUGGUUCAUAAGUGCCUACCUUGAAUUUGGGAGUGUGAAUUUUACACUUGUUAACAAGUUAAGCACAGCAAGUAGGAAGAAAAAACCGUCAGAAUGGGUGUCUGGUUGAUGGAUCACAUUCGCCUCCUGCGAAAGGAAGGACUCUUUGGAAAUUUGUCUAUUUUGGCAAACCUAGUGAAAACUGCUAGUGAACAGAAUACUGAAUUGUUGACAGUGGCGGAGAGAUAUCAACUAUUGGUCUACUAUGCAGAUGCACUGUAUGAAGAACAGGAGUACAAGAGGGCUGAGGGUAUGUACCGGAAAGCUUUGCAGCUAAAAAAGAUGAUCAACAAGUCCAAGGUCAAAGGCCAAACUCAAAGCAGUCAACAAUCAGAUGAUAACCUACCUUCAGAGCUAGAUGUCAGGUUUCGUAUCUACCAGUGUCACAACAGUCUUAAAAACCAUCGAGAGGCCCUCGCUGUGCUUGAGAGUAUUCCUGCUAAGAUGCGAGAACCCAAAGUGAACAUGGCCCUGGCUAAGCUCUAUCAGAAGAUUGGAAUGGAGAGAUCUGCUAUCUAUGGUUACAAAGAAGUACUGAGGCAAUGUCCUCUGGCUCUACAAGCUGUUCUUGGUGUCCUGUCACUAGGGGUCAGAGGAACAGAGAUAGCUGCCUUCACAGUCCAUAGCAUGCCCAGCGGUGCAAACAUGGAAUGGUUAUCCUUUUGGUUGAAAGGUCAUGCCUACAGCGCUAGUAAGGAGUACAGCAAGGCAAUCAGUACCUUCAAAGCUCUUGAGAGUGGGAGUGUGUUGAGAGAAAACACAGAUGUCCUUUGUUGUUUGGCAGAGAAUUAUUUCAUGUCCGGUGAUAUGGCUACAGCAUCUACCAUCUACCAAAGGGUUCACUCCCUGGACCCGCAUCAUUUGAGAGGAAUGGAAAUCUACUCCUACAUUCUUUACAAAGAAAAGAAAGUAAAGCAACUCCAGAGUCUAUCCUCAGAGCUUAUGGAAGUCACAGAUAAGAGAGGUGAACCCUGGGUUGCCAUGGGCUACUACUGUCUUUACCCGACAGCAAGAUAUGCAAGAUCUGUAUACUUUGCAGAAAAGGCCUAUCCACUGAAAGGAGGCAAGGUACAGGCCCUGUUGCUCAAGGGUAAAGGCUUAUUAGAGAUGAACAAGGUUCCUGAAGCUACUCUUCACUUCAGAGAGGCUGUCAGGUGUGCUCCUAGUAGAUUUGAGGCUCAUGAAGGUUUGGUUGAGUGCUAUGUGAAGGCCAACAGAAUACGAGAUGCCAUAACAACAUUUACCAACUCAGUCAAGGUGCUAGGCAACAAUCCUCGUACUAUCACCUUCCUUGCUUCUCUCCUUGCCAGAGAUAGACCAUCAAUAGAUAAGGCUAAAUCUCUUCUUGAUAAGACGUUAUUCCAGGAUCCUAACUACCUCCCAGCAAUCUAUCUCAUGGUGGAUAUACUCAAUCAAGAACAAAAAUACGCAGAUGCCAUCAGUCUAAUUCGCAAGCAGCUUGAGCAGCAGAGUACAAGUCAGCUCCAUCAGAUGUUGGGCGAUUGUCUGGCACUCAAUAGUGAACCACAGGAAGCACUUGAUCAGUAUAGUAUAGCACUCAGUAUGGAUCCCGGCAACGACAAAGCGAUGCAAGGAAUGCACAAGGUUGAGAAGUCAAGCGAUAGUCUAGAAGCAACAGCUGAAGAUGAUAUGGAUGCUAUAGAGGAGAGUGGAGAGGAUGUAGGGGAGUAUGAAAACAGUGACCCUGAAGGAUCAUGGGUUGACAAUGAGUGGUUAAGCUGAUGCGAGUCAUGCGGCUGUAAUCAGAGAGGGAGCUUUAGAGGAAGCCAUUUUUUCUACUGAAGUUAAACAUCAGACAUUAAUGGUCAAGGAUGAUGGCAGUGUUUAUAUUUCAGUGAAAAGACAUGGACAAAGUGAUUGAUAUACUUUGAGGGUUUUUGCUUCGAGUUACGUGUUCACCAGUGAACUGCUACGUAAAUACACCGUAGUAGUCUGCUUAGUGAUCGCUGCAGACAGUCAUUGGAGAGAAGCAAUGCAAGACACUGAGCAUGCCCAGACUUGACUGAUUGACAUUGCCUGACAUAGCACCUGCUCAUGAUGACAUGGCUUUCCCCCAAAUCACAUCCUUCACUAGACAGAAUAAUGGACAGGCAGCAAAUAUUUGCGCAUGUGGUCUAUCAUGUUAGCUAACAAUUUUGUAUUCAGUGAACACGAAAAGGAAGCUAUUCUGACGUUCAGGCACUUGCUUAUCAAUCCAUGAGUCAAUGUGCAAAUCGAAAAGUCCCCCUACUAGUGUUAUUGAACCUGAGAAUGAAUUCCCAUUGUGUCCUCUGCAACUUGAAGUCAUCAUAUAGUUCUAGUGUACAAUGAUAUACAGUUGUGCUCAAAAAUUAGUGAACCCCAUCACAAAAUGCACUCCUUCAUGCCGAGUCCUGAAUGUAGAAAACAACACUACAAUGCUCGGCAAGCCCAGGGAAACAAACUUUAUUGAAUAUUAUAUAUUAUCACCAGACCUCACAAUAAAAUAUCUAAAACAUUGCAGAACCUGAAUGCUUUAAAUAUGGUCAUUUUCUGGUGGGGUUCACUAACUUUUGAGCAGCACUGUAAUAUGUAAGUAUGUAUAGUCAAACCUGUCUUUUGAAAAGCCACCUAGAGGAAACAGAAAAAGUGGCCACUAGAGACAGGUUUUCAUGGUUUAUUUCCAAUUCAUCCAGUUGCCAACUCGUCUACUACCAUUUGGUCUAUCAUCAGUUCAUCUACUCACCAUAUGGUCUUUCAUUUAGUCUAAUGCCAUUCCGUCUAAUAACCAGUUGGUCCAAUAGCAAUUUAGUCCAUGUACCAUUUGGUCUAAUUAAACUGACGUGUUGAUUGUGCAAAAUGAAUCCAAAGAAAAUGGGUAUUAGACCAACUGGUUAUUGGAUGAAAUGGUGAUUAUACCAAGUAAUGAUUGGACCAAAUUCUUGUUAGACGAAAUGUUGGACGGAAUGGCAUUAGACUAAAUGAAGUUAGACUAUGUGGUGAGUGGACGAGUUGGCAAUGGACAAAUUGGCAAUUUACCGUUUUCACUUUAGUCCGGUAACCACUAAGACUGGUUUGACUGCAUUGCAUUAUCAGGGCCCAUCUUACAAAUCAUCGCUGCGAUUGAUCUGAUCAGUCGCAACCAUGGCAAGCCAGCGAUGCUAAGAACCAAAAUGAUUUUUUUUUAUAUGAUGCAUCUGCAAACAUUCGUUUUGCAGACUCCUCUUUGUUCGCAAAAGGAUGGGUGAAUUUCCUCGAUGUGAGAUGAAUUACAGCUCUUUGUAAGAUGGGGCCCAGAGCACCAUUUCAUGAAAAAUCUUUCCAUCUAUUUUAAUUUACAAAUUUAGUCUUGGUAAUGAUUCAUUUUAUUGCUAUUAUUAUGAUGAAAAUGAUAUUUGAUAGUAAUAACAAUGAUAUAUGAUUAUUUACAUGGAUCUUAGUUAUAGACAUAGUUCAAAGUGCUUAUAGAUCAGUAAUAUUACAAUCUAGGAAUAAAUAUUUCCUGCAUACAAUGUUUGCACAUAUUCCAUUCCUUGGUAAAUAAUCCCAUUAAUUGCUCAUAAGGCGCUCACAAUGCUAGUAAUUACAAUUCUAAUAUUUCAAUGUGUGUUUAGAUGUCAGCCUAAAAAAAAAGGUAAAAACUAUAAAUCAGCAGCCAAGAUCUCAAGGGGUGUUGAUUUAACCCGUCCCCCCACCCAAAAAAAACCUGGUGGGUGUUUCAUAAAGCUGUUCGUAAAGUUACGCACGACUGGAACAUGUUCUUAGGUCAUAACUCAAUUACAUAGGGAUAUCACAUAGCACAAGAAAAGAUCACCAGUCGUGCGUUAAGUCAUUUGUAUCUUACGAACAGCUUUAUGAAACACCCAUCAGGUCUGGUUGGUGUUAAAAUAAUUAUUGCCACAACCAGAACUGUCAUUCAUUAUAUUCACAUUCAUCAUCAUUACCAUUAGGCCCAUCAUCACUACCAUUUGGACAUCACUAGUAUCGUCAUCAUUGCCAACACAUCAUCUCUACCAAUACAACCAUCAUCACUAGCACAAUCAUCAUCAUCACUAACAAUAGGACCAUCAUCAUCAUUAUAGCACUUCUAAAACAUCACCACAAUCAAUGAGUAUCUGUACUGUCCUCAUCAAUUGCUAUCAGUACAAAAGUCACCACCAACCACAUCAUUAUGUAAUGCAAGAGAAACCUCUAAAAUUGAACUAUAUGUUCACAUCACUUUGUGUAGUUAAAAGAGUUCAUUUCUUUCUUGAAGUUUGUCAGCAAUUACAAAGAAAUUUAUGCUAUGGUCACAAAUACCUUUAAGAAUGCUGUACGAACAAUUUUUAUACAUAACAAUAAAUGGUACGAGAUCGUUUGUGUGGCGUUCGUAAAGGUAUUUGUGACUGCAGUAUAAAGUGAAAUCCAUGGUUAUGACAGGCUGACAAGCAUUAUGCUCCCACUGUUGCUUAUUAAACUGAAUGAUAACUUCUCAGUACAGA